CAGGCUGGAAACCUGCUGCUUGAGCUACGAUGAAUCAGACUAGGCGAGAUUCAGUGCAAGGGGCAGACGGCUGCGUAUAUUACCAACUUGCUGCCCGAGCAGAUAAUCGGCGUACGUAGUGGAGUCCCGUGGAGGAGCCUAUUUCAACAUUCAGUCUGCCUUUGGAUUUACUAAUACAUGUGUGAUUUCUGAAUAAUUGCAUCCUGUCCAACUCCACCACAUCCUGAUCACCUAUUAAAAAUCGUCCCGGAUCCCCACUCCUCUUUUCCCAUCCCUCGCCCUUUUUACCCAGCCUGCCAUCCUAAAACCUCUGACGGAUAAUUUCUUAAUGGGGCUCGGAAGAUGCUGUUUUUUCAGCCGGAGAUCAUCCAGCUGUUAGUGUUGGAGUUGCUGCUACAUGUCUUCGAUUUUUGCCUGCGCCGCUUUAAUUUUGGUGGGUGGACGCUGAUUUGAAAUGGGAUUCGUAACGACAGUGGUGCUGAAGCCAGGACAGCGCUGCGGAGCAUUGGGUGAUUGGCUUUUAAUAUCGAUGGUAACGUUUAUGGCAACCUUACCUGUGCAGCAACUUUGCGCUUUCCCUACCUCCCUCAGCGACUGCCAAACACCCACAGGAUGGAACUGCUCUGGUUAUGACGAUCGAGACAAUGAUCUCUUCCUUUGUGAUACAAACACAUGCAAGUUUGAUGGGGAAUGUUUAAGAAUUGGAGACACUGUAAUGUGUGUCUGUGAAUUCAAGUGCAACAAUGACUAUGUUCCAGUGUGUGGCUCCAACAAUGAAAACUACCAGAAUGAAUGCUACCUCCGGAAAGAUGCCUGUAAACAGCAAACUGAAGUCCUGGUAGUUUCCGAAGGCUCCUGUCCAGUUGAUGCAGCAUCUGGUUCUGGAGAUGAGGCUAAUGAGGGCUCAGGAGAGACAAGUCAGAAAGAAACAUCUACCUGUGAUAUCUGCCAGUUUGGUGCAGAGUGUGAUGAGGAUGCAGAAGAUGUGUGGUGUGUUUGCAACAUUGACUGCUCUCAUAUCAGCUUCAAUCCUGUCUGCGCGUCAGACGGCAGAUCCUAUGAUAACCCUUGUCAAGUGAAAGAGGCAUCAUGUCAGAAACAAGAAAAGAUUGAAGUGAAGUAUCUAGGCAGAUGUCAAGACAACAUAACUACAGGCACAAAGACUGGAGAUGGACAUUAUGCAAGGACAGAUUAUACAGAAGAAAAUGCAAAUAAGCUGGAGGAGAAGGCCCGAGUACCGUCAGUCCCUUGUCCAGAGAGCUAUAAAGACUACUGCCUUCAUGGGAACUGUGAAUACCCCAGCGAUAUUCUACAGCCAUCCUGCAGGUGUGAGGCAGGCUUCAGUGGACCACUAUGUGAUAAGAAGGAGUUCAAUGUUCUUUAUGUGGUACCAGGAGCUGGAAAACUUAUUUAUGUCUUGAUUGCAUCCAUCAUCGGGGCUGUGCAGGUGGCUAUUAUCUGUGUGGUAGUUCUUUGUAUAACACGAAAAUGUCCAAGAAGCAACAGGAUAAACCGACAGAAACAAAAUACAACACAUUACAGUUCGGACAACACAACACGAGCAUCAACCAGACUUAUUUAAAGACCCUGGGACCGUGCAAGAAAAAUACGCAGUACGUUGCUCCCCAUACUACUCUUAACUUCAUAAAGUGACUGAGGUCUGUAGUAAGGGGGAUUAACACAUGUUGCCUUGCAUUUGUGGUAAAACUACACCAAUGAAUACAUAAUACUACAGCUAUAUUUGAUUAUGUAUGGAUAUAUUUCAAAUAGUUAUACAUUGUCUUGAUGUUUUUUCUGUAAUGUAAAUAAAUAAUUUAUAUCACAAAAGUGUUAAGAUUGUUUGAUUUUAUUUGCUUGACACACCAUGCAGAACUUUGUAUUCAAAAUAAAAUACAUUUGUUGUUUUUAAUCAUUACUUAGCAGAGCAAUUAAUAAUGAAAGAUUUUGCAAACCUUUUCUUUAUUCUGGAGCCCUGGUGGUUUCAGCAGUCUGGCAAGCCUGAAGUGUGCAAAAUGUGGGUAUGAAUGAUUGGUGUGCCCUAUGAACUGUACAGACAGCCAUUGCCCUGCCAGUUAACAGCUUUGCUGGGAGCUAAGUGCCCAAUAUAUUCCAGUUCUUCUCAAAAUCACUGUCUGCAUUCACAUCCUUGCUAUUUUGGCUAUCCUCUGAAACAGUGCAGUCAGCCCAGUCAAAAUUAGCAAGCGCAUCCAAGAAAUGUUAUUGAAUGAAUUGCAAAGUACAGCUUUUGAGAAUAAUUAGAGUACAGUUACACUGCAUAAGUAAAUAUCUAGAGAAUCAUCUGCAAUCUGUGCAAGCAUCAGUGUGCUAUUCUUGAUACCACUUUACUUUUUUAUUGUACAAAAAUAAAAUGAUGCAUUUAAAAUGCAUUUAAGAGGGUUUAAUUUUUUUAAAGCACCAUUCAACACAACUCUGCCAUCCAGAUUCACAUAUAAAACAGCAAAUUAUCCAGAAAAGGUUUUAUAUAUUUUUUUUCAUACACUCACCAUUCCAAUGUAUUUUACAGUCAUUAUAUUCUUUAAUGGAUUUCAUGCUGGUACAGAGGUUGGCAGUGAUGCCUGACAGAUCCACUGUCGUGAAUUUAGAUCCAAUACCCAGUCACUGUCUUUGUGACAUGUGUAUGUUUGUCCCUAUGUCUGCCUAUGUCUUCCUCCCUUUGUUUAAAAAGAUGUGCAAGUUAGAUUAAUUGCCAGUUCCAAAUUGGCCUUAUGUGGGCAUGCAUGAGUGGGCCCUGUGGUGGGCUGGUGCCCUGUCCACAGCUGGUUUCUGCCUGAUGCAGCCGGGAUAGUCUUUGGCAUCCCAUAACUCUGAAAGCAGUUUUAAGAAUGUUAUAUUAUUUAAGUGAUUUUUACAUUAAAGAAAACAAAACAAUGAAAACAGUUCUAGUCAUGUUUAUGUAUUUCUGAAUUUCCGUUCUGUUUUCUUUUGAUGUCCCAAGUUAAAACAGCUUGAUAUUGCUUUAGGAAAUAAAGGGUUAAUGUUU